CUUUCGCAGCCGUCGCUGGCCUUUUAGAGCGGUACAACAUCGAUCCGAAGUCCAUCGGUCGCAUUGAUGUGGGCACCGAAACCAUCAUCGAUAAAUCGAAGUCCGUGAAGACGACCCUCAUGGAUCUCUUUGCAGACUCGGGCAACUUCGACAUCGAAGGUAUCGAUUCGAAAAACGCUUGUUAUGGCUCUACCGCCGCUCUCUUCAACGCCGUGAAUUGGAUCGAAUCUACUUCAUGGGACGGCAGGAAUGCAAUUGUCGUUGCCGGCGACAUUGCCAUCUACGCCGAAGGCGCUGCACGUCCUGCUGGUGGUGCUGGCUCUUGUGCAAUGCUCAUCGGUCCAAAUGCGCCGGUGGUAGUCGAGCCCAUUCACGGCAACCACAUGACCAAUACCUACGACUUCUACAAGCCCCGAUUAGAUUCGGAAUAUCCCGAAGUUGACGGACCAGUUUCUGUCACCACCUAUAUCUCUGCCCUUGAUGCUACAUAUGCACGCUUCCGUGAAAAGACUGCCAAAGCUAAAAAGGCUCAACUCAACGGCAGCGCCGCCAAUGGGUCCGCCAAUGGCGACGUUGACCGCGCUUUCUCGUUGGACGAUGUUGACUACACUGUCUUCCACAGUCCGUACGGAAAGCAAGUUCAAAAAGCAUUCGGUCGUCUCGUCUACAAUGACUUCGUGGCGUCCCCUUCUGCGCCCCAAUUUGCCAACAUACCCUCUCCAGAGGUUAUCCUUGCUAUGCCUUACUCUGCAUCUGUGACCGACAAAAAUCUUGAGAAAACAUUCAUCGGCGCUUCCAAGGCUUUGUAUGCUAAGAAGGUCGGACCUUCCAUGCACUGCUCGAAACGGUUGGGUAACAUGUAUACCGCAUCUUUGUACGGCUGCCUUGCAUCCCUCCUGUCUGCUGUCGAGCCCUCGGAGCUCAAAGGCAAGCGGCUCAGUAUGUUCGGUUUUGGUAGUGGCUGCGCUGCGAGCUUCUUCACUUUGCGUGUCAAGGGUGACACGUCGGAAAUCAAGGAGAAGCUGGACCUUUUGGAACGGCUUAAGAACAUGAAAGUGGUCCCUUGCCAGGAAUACGUCGAUGCACUAGCUGUAAGUCUCCCCGUUUUUCUUAGCGGUUUUGGUAAUUUAUUGGCGUUGCCGCAAUACAGCUUCGCGAAAAGAAUCACAACGCGGUCAACUAUACCCCCGAAGGUUCUAUUGAUAACAUCUGGCCCGGAGCUUACUACCUUGAGUCGGUUGACGGUAAAUUCCGUAGGAAGUACGCGCGCGCACCGAGGGCGUAAUUUUUCAUUCAUUAUUAAGACAUCGUUGGAGGGGGUUUGCCAUUGCAGUCAUUAACCCGGGCUACUUAGACGGAUUGUAUAUCAUGAUACCUUUUGUUAUAAUGCUCGUUUGUUUACAGUAACGGGUAGGCGUGCGUGAACGUGACAAUUAUAGAUAUUGUAGUUUCGGGGACUUCUGUCCUAUCCGCUGGAUGUUCUGAUUGGAAAGCUGUCCUCGGGGAAAUUUCCUUGGCCGAGUGAUUGUAUUUAGAGCCCACGUUUUGCGACCACUGCCGCGCGCACGGAUCACGCAUUUCCAUCAUACUGGCCAGAACGUAAAAUGACCCUAAUGUAAUCCUACGAUUGUGAAGCUUAUUUCUACCACUCUUGUUUCAGUUCGCAAAGCAUUGUCGCAAAUUUCUUG